GCGUGAGGACUCCAUUAGAGCUGCAGCUGUUUUGAGAGAAACAACAACAAGACGGGCUAACUGUCAGCUUCUGUAGUGACAGUCUGCUCACAGCCCGACAACCAGACCUGAAAUCUGGAAGCGUAACCUUCAUUUCCCACCCGGAGCUCCGCCGGCUUCUAACCACGGCCGCUCUCGGUGAGGAAACUCUGGCCUCCGCUUCCUCCUCCUCCGACUCGGACACCGGUGGAGCGUCGCCGCCCCCGCGGAAGAAGCACCGAGCCUCGGCGGCGGAGGGAGCAGGAGAGCCCGGGGCUUCAGCAGUUGUAACAGGCCUCUCUGGAGUUGUCCUGGGACUUGCGUCGCACUCUCAUCUCUCUCAAGCCACCUCUGCUAUCCAGUUUAACCGAAGUGUUGUCAAUAUCCUCAGCGGCAGCAUGCAGGCAAACGGGGCAGGACAGGGACAAGAAUCCUCGGAUCUUUCCUGCCUGAACAGCGCACAGAACGGGGAGUCAUCCUCGGCCGGCGGAACCCACUCCAACGGUCUCCUCUCGAGCACAGAUAACGGGGAUAUUGUCGGUACCAGUAAUGGGUCCUCAAUUGGACCCGGUUCGGGGACUUCGACUUCUUCCACAACUUCGGCCUCCGAGGUCGGUUCGUUAAAAAAGAAGAAACGACUAACGCAGGCUGAGGAAGAUGUCAUACGAUUAAUAGGGCAACAUCUACAUGGACUGGGGCUAAAUCAGACAGUGGACUUGCUGAUGCAGGAGUCGGGCUGCAGACUGGAGCACCCGUCAGCUACCAAGUUCCGCAACCAUGUCAUGGAGGGGGAAUGGGACAAGGCUGAGAACGAUCUCAAUGAGUUGCGAGCACUGAUGCAUUCUCCAAAUGCUAUUGUGCGUAUGAAGUUCCUGUUACUUCAGCAGAAGUACCUGGAGUAUCUAGAAGACGGUAAAGUUCUGGAGGCUCUUCAGGUGCUGCGUGGAGAGCUGACACCUCUCAAGUACAACACAGAUCGCAUCCACGUACUCAGCGGAUACCUAAUGUGUAGUCACGCUGAGGAUCUGAGGGCCAAAGCAGAAUGGGAAGGCAAGGGAACAGCAUCACGCUGCAGACUGCUGGAUAAAUUACAAACAUACCUGCCUCCCUCUGUGAUGCUCCCCCCACGACGGCUGCAGACACUGCUCCGGCAAGCGGUGGAGUUGCAAAGGGACCGAUGUCUGUAUCACAACACCAAGCUGGACAAUAACCUGGACUCGGUGUCUCUCCUCGUCGACCACGUCUGCAGCAGGAAACAGUUCCCCUGUUAUACUCAGCAGAUUCUGACGGAGCACUGUAAUGAGGUGUGGUUCUGCAAAUUCUCAAACGAUGGCACUAAACUAGCCACGGGUUCUAAAGACACUACAGUCUUAAUCUGGCAAGUAGAUCUGGAGAGCCACCAGUUGAAGCUGCUGCGAACCCUCGAAGGUCAUGCGUUCGGAGUGGCUUACUUGGCCUGGAGUCCGGAUGACACUUACCUGAUCGCCUGUGGACCUGAUGACUGUUCUGAGCUCUGGCUCUGGAAUGUUCAGACGGGGGAGCUGAGGACCAAAAUGUCUCAGUCCCAUGAAGACAGUCUGACCACUGUGGCAUGGAACCCUGAUGGUAAACGUUUUGUCACAGGAGGACAGAGAGGGCAGUUUUAUCAGUGCGACCUUGAUGGUAACCUGUUGGACUCCUGGGAAGGUGUGAGGGUGCAGUGCCUGUGGUGCCUGAGCGAUGGCAGAACAGUGCUGGCAUCGGACACCCAUCAACGUAUUCGGGGGUACAACUUUGAGGACCUUACCGACAGAAACAUAGUUCAGGAGGACCACCCUGUCAUGUCUUUUACUGUUUCAAAGAAUGGAAGAUUAGCUUUGUUAAAUGUAGCAACUCAGGGAGUACACCUGUGGGACCUUCAGGACCGGGUGCUAGUGAGGAAAUACCAAGGUGUGACCCAGGGCUUCUACACCAUCCACUCCUGCUUUGGAGGACACAAUGAAGACUUUAUUGCCAGUGGCAGUGAAGACCACAAAGUGUACAUCUGGCACCGACGCGGUGAGCUUCCCAUUGCUGAGCUAACAGGCCACACACGCACAGUUAACUGUGUGAGCUGGAACCCAGCCAUCCCGGGACUCAUGGCUUCAGCGUCAGACGAUGGCACUGUGCGUGUCUGGGGUCCUGCGCCCUUCCUUGAAUCACAAGAAGUGGAUGGACUUAAUGAGAACAGCAGCAACAUGGACAGUUGAUGGUCAGUCAUGGAGCUAUUGACAUCUCUGUUUGAAAACAAUCCAAGAACCCUGCAGUAAAAUGAAAAACACCGAGAUGGCAAAUAAAAUUUCAACAAGGUCAAGAAUCACAAACAGAUGCCACCAAUUCAAAAGAUAAAACAAAAGUCACAAAAACUCAUCUCCUGACUGGCCUAGACACAGUGGCAGAGGUGACGGUGGACACUGAAAAAUUAAAGUCCACAUCCUGGUCCUGCUCUCCACCCAGGCCUGGAAAACCAUACAAUGCCCGGUGGCAUGUGGCUGUUUAUCGUGAGCUGUAACAGGUUGUCCUCCUCCUUCAACUGAUCCCUGUCCCCAUCGAUCUUGGCGCGUGGUCAGAAGUCAAACCAGAUACUCCCGGAGUUUUCCUGGAAGACCACAGUCCACCUUAAGCUUGGAGCACAAGAAGUCCCUGUGAUACCACGAGACUGACACAGCAGACGGGCUGUCUACUUGUUGGACUACAUUUAUGUCUGCCUGUUCUGUCGCUCACAUUACCUGUUAAUUGUCUCCAUACACAUGGGUGGGGUGUUUUGGGGGAGAAUGAUGCGAUUGGGGUAAAGCAACAAUUAUUUUAUUUUUUUUGUUCUUUUCUUUUUAUUCUUGCUAUUUUGUUUGCAUUCAAUAUGUUGGACAAAAGCCAAAAGAUGCACCAUAAACAUGCUGUCCAAUCAGCUGACAGAACACAAACACAUGGUUAUGCUACACAUUGGAAAUUUUUUUUAUCAUCGUCAUAGCAUUUAUUUUCAUUUAAGAGGUGAACCUUAGCUCAAGUAGUGUCCUUGCAAAACGUCUUUGUGACGAUUUUGGAUUCUGUUUGACAGCAUAAGAAAAAAAAAACAAAGUUGUUUUUAUUUAACUUCUAACAAGGACAGUUGCUGUCAAGUUUUUCUAACUGACCACCCUUCCACCCAGAGACCCCCCUGUCUCUCUCUGUUGAGCUAACUACCGCACAAUUUCAUUACAUCUGCCUAAGAAGAGAUCGACAGAGAAAUCCACUGGUCACAUAUCUGCUGUAAGGAGGUCAAAUGGUAUCAGAGAGGUGGACUGUCCACCAACAGGACAAACUAUGACCUUUUUCAAAAGUCAAGCUUUUAUUGCAGAAAGAUUCUGAUCAGAUGGCAGGCCGGUGACUGCUGUUUCUCCUCUGUGUGUGUGUGUGUACGUAUGUGUGUGCAUUUGAGAGAGAGAGAGAGAGUAUGACUGAAAGAAAUUAUGCAUACACACAUUGUGCAAGUUGACAUUUUUGAGUGCAGGUUUAAUUGGCUUGUGUUUUUGUACGUGUGUCAAAGUCACACCAGCAGAAAAUACUUCCCUCUCCCAGAUGCUCAAAAUCCCACAAUGAAAUUGUAAAGAUGAUUUUAAAUCAAUUCUAAGUUAUCCAAAGCCCCAUAAUGACCUCUCUCUGUGGAACAAAGAUAUCUUAAGAGCCAUUUUGUAAAAAAACAAACAGAAAAUACAACUUUUUUUAAUCUGGGGCUUUGAUUUUUACAGUAGUUUUUUUUCUCCUUUUCACCUAUCAAAUUGCACUGAUGAACUGGCAUUAAUUAUAUUUGUAGGGGAAGAUAAAAGGAAAUUUAGGAGAGCAUUUUGGACUAGACAUGUCGGAUAAAAAGCUAUAGAGUUGUGUUAAUAGCAAAGUGUCAUUUCAUACACAGAGAUAUGGUUUGUGUGUUCAGGACGAAGAGUUUAGCAUGGCCCUAGACAGAUGAGGCACCAAUAAUCAGAAACAGUCUUUGAGCCCUCAGUGUUGGGGAAUGUUGUUGCAAUCUAAAAAAACACAAAAACUGCCUUCCUGUUUAUACAGUUGCACACAGAACCUUCAGUAUCUAUAGUGAUGCCCCUCCCUCCACCCAACUGCACUUUGAGGGGUCAUUUUUGCUCUCUUGCACCUACUGCAAUGGCAUGAAUCUCUGAGGUUUCAAACCAGCCUCCUUGGUUGCCACACGCUGUUCCCUUUGGCAAAAAAAAGGCUGCAUUGGCAUAGACUUAAAACCAUAAUGGGAAAGCUAAUGCUAAAGGAACCAAGCCUCUCUAUGCAUCCAGUAGCAGCGACUGAUCAUCCUGACCUGAGGUCGUAAAAGUUUGAAUCUUCGUGCUUAUAAACCAUCAACAGCAGUGUCAUCUCAAGGGUAUCACUCUUGGAUCUUUGAGAGAAUUUAGCAUUCAUUCCCUUUAGCCAAGUUAUUCAGUGGUCAGUGCACCAUUCAAAGCUUUCUUCCUCCCCUUUUCAGGGUAUGUAAUGACUAUUUGCUACAGACUGAUAUACAGUGAACAUGUUUGAAAACAGUGCUUUUCUGUCUGUUUUUAUUGAACUUUUUUGUUACUUUUUUGUUCACAUUAUAUCAAUUUUGGUUGACCUCUAUCCCUGUAUGAUCAUAUUAAAAUAUAACCAGUAACUUGGACUCCUCACUUUCAUUUAUAACCUUCAAAGUCUUUUUUUCAAAACUUUCUUUUAUAUAUUAUUUUCUUAGUGUUAAGUUUACUUUUAUUCACCACUGUUUUUGCAAAUGAAUAUGCACAGUAACACCCAUGACAAUAGAAAUGAAGAGUCUUUUUAGAAAGUGUGUUACCUAUUGUUAAAUCAGGUUUGAACUAUCCACCCCUCGCCUUUAAACAGUUUCCUUCUUGUGAAAAUCUCCUUUAUUGCAUGUCUGUGUGAUUGAACACAAUCUUUCUCUCUUGGUGUGCCAUUGUUGACUCACAGUUGUCACAUCUCUGACACGUACUGAAGCCAAAUCAGUUGAGGCACAAUGUGUGGCAAUCUCUGAUCUCCAGUCUGUAAACUUCAGCUCCUGAACCACGGAAAGGACUUCUUUUCCAUAUCUAUGUUAUUUACCAAGACUUGAAGGAAAACACUCAUCUAAAGAACCAAAACAAAAGCUUUGGUGAUAUCCAUCAUUGACCUGCUGGCAAAUACUGUGUUUGUAUGCAAUCUGGUGUUUUUUUCUGUUCUUUCACCUGAGUUUACCAAGGAGAUACUGAUUUAAAUGUCUUGCUUCUCUCUGAGCUGAAGGUGGUGGCUGUGGGUUGGGCUGGGUGGGGUUUUUCUAAGGGCUUGCUGUAGCAUCUCUAAGUUCCAUGAGCUUGGGUGGGUAGUGGUGAUGUGUGGGUUUGCGUUCCGUGUGUUAUUUACAAAAGUGAUUGUACUGUUUUGUAUUGUUGUGUAGGAAAACUGUUAUGUAUGCAUAUUUUCAAUAAAGCAUUCAGGGUUUUUAAAAAAAUUAAAUAGUCCAUAAAAGUAUGACGGGGCAAGAGAUGAUUAAGUGGUCCCAUCAGAUCUCAAGAAAACUCCCAUCUUACUAAAAUGACGGGUCAGCAGAUCCAGAUUGUUGUGAAGACGUUCUCUCUGUCUUGAGCGCAGCAUGUGUUGAGGUGAACCUGUGUCAAACUUUGCUUUGUUAUCAGUCGUAGUCCAAAAUGUCUUUAAAGCAAUGUCCCCGGCCAGACCAGCUGAGAUGAGGCAAACUGCAAUGCCAAAAUUAGAGAUGAAUAAUUGCCAAUAAAGUGAUAUUCUUUUAAGUA